AAAAUAUAUGUAAUCUCUCCCAGACACACUUAGCUUUACCCGGUAGUAAACCUCGGGGUAGACCCAGAGUUAGGCCAAAGAACUCGGCUACAGUGAAGGGAGUGAAGACUCAGGGUGGUAAGAAGAAGGUGAAGGCUGCAGCAGAGGGAGGGUCCCAGACCUUCAGCUCUGAGGAAGGCCCCCCAGCCAAACUCAGACGUAGAAGCAGGAAGGGCCAGACAGCAGAGGGAGCUGGCCUGCAGAGCGGUUACACUACCAGCACUGAGCCACGCUCCAGACCAAGGUUUGAGCUGCAGGAGUCAGACUCACCAGACACAGACACAGGAGAUGCCUCCCUGUCCUCAGACCUCUCCAUCGAGUUAAGCGUACAGGAAGACCGUGUAACAUCACUGACUCUUGAAGAGGAGGAAGAGCAAGACGAUGAGGAAGAUCUACCCAGUUUCUUAAAUAACACAAAGCCACUGUCCAUAACGGAAGGAAUAUGUGUUUGGUGCAAAUUUAGAAACUAUCCUUUCUGGCCGGCAAUGGUGAAGAGUGUGAACCAUAAGCUGAAGAAGGCCAGCAUUGUGUUUAUUGACGACCUGCUGUUUGACAAAAAGAGGAUACGAAAAGGCUUUUCUGUGUCCCUAAAAACAUUGAAGCCUUUUGACUGUGAAGAGGCUGAUCAGCUAGUGGUAAGGUGUAAAGCCAGAGAGAAGUAUGAUGCUGCCAUCAAAUGGUGUCUGGCGUUGAUAGCCGACUAUAGAAUCCGUAUCGGAUGCGGCUUCACCGGUUCCUUCAUUGAAUACUUUUCUGAUGACAUAAGCUGCCCAGUGAGAAGGUGCUACCCCCGGGGCACCUCAGACCUCACCUUCCCCAGUAAGCUAAUUCUGGAGGAGCAGUACGUAACCUCUGACCCGGAAGGGGACGAUCAGGAGGGCAGCAAACGGCAGGAGGAGGAGAGGAGGAGGAAGCUGCUGCCUGACCGUUCCAAGGCUGCACGUAACCGUGCCAACGAGAAACUGGUGGACUUCGUCGUCAGGCAGCGCCGGGUGGAGACACGCCUUCUAGGCGUAAUCAGUGGUCAGCAGCAGUCUAAGUGGCUGCGUUGGUUCCUGGCAGCCAGUCGGUCAGUUGUGGACACGUACCUGGAGGACGAGGAGCAGCUGGACCAGGUGUACCAGUACCUGAGAGGGGUGUACGAGACCGCCCCCCUCACCGCACCCUGUCUGGCCGAUGUAGACCUCAUCCGCUUGGUACUGGACGUGCUGUUACCAGAGGCUAUUAUCUAUGCCAUAGCCGGAGUAGACAAGUUGUCACUGGUGAAGGCAGAAGACAAAUACCUGAAAGGGCCCUGUCUGAGUAAAAGGGAAAGAGAGGAGUUUGAUGCGAUGAUCGAGCAGCAGAUGAAGACGAAAGCAUCGAUCCGUCAGCAUCCUGCACACUGAACAUAACACAGUCUACUUGGCUUCCAACCCUCAGACUAAACGGGCCAUAGGGUUCUGGUAAAAAGUAGUUUGAAUAGUGCCAUUUGGGAUGCAGCCUCAGAAUGCCAGUGUCCUAAUCAAAUGAUGCUUCUAAGCAUUAUAGGACAGGAAAUAAGUAAGUAGCCUUGUCCAAGAAAGAACAGCCAGUAAGGUAGAAGCCUUUUUCUGUACCGUGAAGCAGCUUGAUAUACAAGUACACCCUCUGGCCAGGACACUGGUCUAUCGCAGACAAUAAGAACCAUAUAUAACGGUCUCUAAAUGUGGCUCUGAGGACAAUCAACUGCUGUUGUACAUGCUAGCAGUGGUGUGAUUUAACAAAACUACGUUGAAUUAUCAAGUCAUUGUCAAAUCAUCUGAAAUCUGUGAUCGACUGGUCAAGAUUUACAGCUUCAACACGGAACUCCUGGGAGGGUGGGACCUCGUAUAAGACUUAUGCCGCUGGUUGAAACUGGGACUUCAUUUUAGACCCACUGCAACCGUAUUUGAUCCAACAUGGUCGCCCGUUUAGACAGUUCAACUGUAAAUUCAGGACAUUAAAGACACUACUCUAUUUUUCUAUGGAAAAGUCUGCUCUUUUUUAAAUAAAUAGUCAUAUUUGAA